AUGGAUGACAGAAUGUUGUUGGGGCCAGAUGUUAUUAAGCAGACUACAAGGAAGAUCCAGAUUAUUAGAGCUCGGAUGAAAAUAGCUCAAGACCGUCAGAAAAGCUAUGCGGAUAAGCGACGGCAUGACUUGGAAUUUACUGUCGGAGACCAUGUAUUAUUGAGGGUUAUGCCUAUUAAAGGGGUGCGUAGAUUUCGGAUUUUCGGGAAGCUUAGCCCUCGGUAUAUUGGACCGUUUGAGAUACUAGAACAAGUAGGGUCUUUAGCCUACUGCCUUGCUCUACCUCCCCAGUUAUCUGGUGUGUAUGGCGUCUUUCAUGUAUCAAUGUUGAGCAAGUACGUGCCGGAUCCUCAACAUAUUAUUGAUUACCAUAUGAUUGAGAUGGGGGAGGAUGUGUCUUAUGAGGAAGUACCCGUUGGUAUCGUGGAAAUAAAAGAAAAGACUUUGACGAAUAGAGCGAUUCUUCUUGUAAAGGUUCGAUUGCAACGGUAUUUACCGGAUGGGGCUACAUGGGAACGAGAAGAGGUGAUGAGAUGCUUAAACCCCCAGCUGUUUAACUAG